ACGUGAGUAGAUUUUCUUGCAAACAACGGGCGGACAUCUUUGAUGCGGUAUCCAGAUCUUAUAAAUCUUCGAUUUGCGUGACAUAUUGAUUCAUUUUUUUUAGCUAGGUAGCUAGCUAGCUAAGCUAACUAAUCACUACGAAUAUUAGAUUGCAGUAAAACCACAUGCCCCACAGUCUUUUUUUAAAUCAUAAAAUAGUAAUGUCUGGAAGCGCAGGAGAAUGGUGUCUUAUGGAAAGUGAUCCUGGUGUUUUCACAGAAUUGAUCAAAGGUUUUGAUGGGCAACUUUGAUGGAGGUGGGGGCACAAAAAACGGAACUCGUCAUGAGAGGCCGCAGUGAGAGGCCGCGUAUCCCAUAUCCCCCGUGACAGCUAAGAUGGAUUUCAUUUUUAAAGUUAAUUUCUUGCAAUUCUACACAUUUUGACAUUGGGCGGAGAAGAUUUUGCAAUUUUAUAACUAAUUUAAUGCAAUUUUACUCAUUUUGCUAUAGGGCGGAGGCAAAUGUUUCCAGUUUUUAAUGACAACUGAUGAUCAAUGGGCCCCACCCUGUUCGGUUGUAAAGGAGCUCAAGUGGAAGAAAUAUGGAGUAUGGAACCAGAGAAUUUUGAAAACCUCAAACCAGUUCAUGGGUUGAUCUUCCUGUUCAAGUGGCAACCAGGUGAGGAGCCGGGAGGAUCUAUCGUUCAGGAUUCAAGGCUUGACAACAUCUUCUUUGCCAAGCAGGUGAUAAACAAUGCAUGUGCUACCCAGGCCAUUGUGAGCGUGCUGCUGAACUGUACCCACUCUGACAUGCUGUUGGGAGAGACACUCACAGAGUUCAGAGAGUUUUCACUCAGCUUUGAUGCAGCUAUGAAAGGUCUGGCUCUCAGCAACUCUGAAGUUAUUCGACAAGUUCACAACAGCUUUGCCAGACAGCAGAUGUUUGAGUUUGACGCCAAGUCUUCUGCAAAGGAUGAGGAUGCGUUCCACUUUGUGAGCUACGUCCCUGUCAACGGCAGGCUCUAUGAGCUGGACGGCCUACGUGAAGGACCCAUCGACCUCGGUGUGUGCAACCAGGACGAUUGGAUCAACGCAGUUCGGCCAGUGAUUGAGAAAAGAAUACAUAAGUACAGUGAGGGAGAGAUCCGCUUCAACCUGAUGGCCAUUGUGUCCGACAGGAAGAUGAUUUACGAGAGGAAGAUAGCCGAACUGCAGAUCCAGCUAACAGAGGAAGAGCCAAUGGACACAGACCAGAGCAGCACCCUCCUCAGCUCCCUCCAAUCAGAAAUCGCAAAGUAUCAGCUGCUGAUCGAUGAGGAGAAUCAGAAGCUCCAACGAUACAAGAUCGAAAACAUCCGACGAAAGCACAACUACCUACCCUUCAUCAUGGAACUGCUGAAGACACUGGCUGAAUACCAGCAGUUGAUACCAUUGGUGGAAAAGGCAAAAGAGAAGCAGAGUGCCAAAAAAGUCCAGGAAGCAAAGUGACCCCACAAACACACGCACUUGUCAGUCAUCUUAUUCAUGUGAAAGGCCAUGGACCCUUUCCCCACAAUUGUAUCCUGUGAACCCCCCCUUGCCCCCGCCAGACAUGAGCACAUGUGGUGGGACAGAGAACUGUGUUCACUAUCCCACCCAGGUCUACCCUUCAGCUGUAAUGCAUGCCUGGAAAGAUAUGUUUAAAUGGGCUCGUCUUAUUUUCAUAAUAAAAUGUUUAAUGUUCGAACAUGCUGUAGUUUUAUUGUUGAAUGCAUUUCAUCAUUGUGGCCUACAUGGUCAAGUGUGUCGUUUUUAGUAGUUGUUGGGUAGCCUAGCGGUUAGACCAUUGGGCCAGUAACUGAAAGGUUGCUAGUUUGAAUCCCUGAACUGACUAGGUAAAUCUGUCAAUCUGCCCUUGAGCAAGACACUUAACCCUAAUUGCUCCAGAGUCGCCGUCAAUACUGUCUGAUCCCUGGCCACGACCUAACCAUCGGAGUACACGUUUGAAACAUGACAAAUAUAUGCGCCCCCUAUCUUUAGAUAAACAAGUGCCACUCGGUCUUAAACAGUGGUGUAAAAAUACUAAAGUUGUUUUUUGGGGUAUCUGUACUUCACUUUUAUAUUUUUGACAACUACAUUUCUAAAAAAAACUGUACUUUUUACUCCAUACAUUUUCUCUUGACACCAAAAAGUACUUUUGGGUGUCAUUUUGAAUGCUUAGCAGGAUUGUAAAAUGGUCCAUUUCAUACACUUAUCCAGAGAACAUCCCUGGUCAUCCUUACUGCCUCUGCUCUGGGGGACUCACUAAACACAAAUGCUUUAUUUGUAAAUUAUGUCUGAGUGUUGGAAUGUGACCCUGGCUUUGCGUAAAUUAAAAAAAACAAGAAUUGUG